UCCGGCCAGGGCCGGCGCGGCGAUGAUGAACAGGUUCCGAAAGUGGCUCUACAAACCCAAGAGGUCGGAUCCGCAGCUGCUUGCCCGGUUCUACUAUGCCGACGAGGAGCUGAACCAGGUGGCCGCGGAGCUGGACAGCCUGGAUGGGCGGAAGGACCCCCAGCGGUGCACGCUGCUGGUCAGCCAGUUCCGCUCCUGUCAGGACAAUGUGUUGAACAUCAUUAACCAGAUCAUGGAUGAGUGCAUCCCCCAGGACCGCGCCCCCAGAGAUUUCUGCGUCAAGUUCCCUGAGGAGAUCCGGCAUGACAACCUGGCCGGCCAGCUGUGGUUCGGUGCCGAGUGCCUGGCCGCCGGCUCCAUCAUCAUGAACCGGGAGCUGGAGAGCAUGGCCAUGCGCCCGCUGGCCAAGGAGCUGACGCGCAGCCUGGAGGACGUGCGGGGCGCCCUCCGCGACCAGGCGCUGCGGGACCUGAACACCUACACAGAGAAGAUGAGGGAGGCGCUGAGGCACUUCGACGUCCUGUUCGCCGAGUUCGAGCUCAGCUACGUCUCGGCCAUGGUGCCUGUGAAGUCUCCCAGGGAGUACUAUGUGCAGCAGGAGGUCAUCGUGCUCUUCUGCGAGACGGUGGAGAGGGCCCUGGACUUCGGGUACCUGACCCAGGACAUGAUUGAUGACUACGAGCCGGCCCUCAUGUUCAGCAUCCCCAGGCUGGCCAUCGUGUGUGGCCUCGUGGUCUACGCGGACGGACCCCUGAACUUGGACCGCAAGGUGGAAGACAUGUCCGAGCUGUUCCGGCCCUUCCACACGUUGCUGCGGAAAAUCAGGGAUUUGCUGCAGACGCUGACGGAGGAGGAGCUGCACACGCUGGAACGGAACCUCUGCAUUUCCCAAGACGUGGAGUUCCCCAUCCGCGCAGACGUGCCAGGACCCGCUGCCCUGGCGCCCGCCCUCUCUGCCCCUCUCCCCCCUGAGGGGCCACUCUCAGCCAAGGCCAAAGACCCGGAUGCAGAGCUGGCCUGCUCCAUGCAGUACGACGACCAGGAGCUGGAGCAGCUCAGCCGCAUGGUCCACAGGGCAGGGGACGAGAUGUCCUCUUUGCUUUCACCGCCCAGCGCCUGCCAGUCCCCAGCGCACAGACCGGGAGCAGAGGGCAGCCCAGGCGGGGAGGCGUCUCCAGGUAGAGCGCGCCUGCGGUCGGGCAGUGACGAGGAGGAGCGCGUGUUCUUCAUGGAUGACGUGGAGGGGACGGCAGAAGCCCUGGCCAGGCCCGAGUCUCCGGGUGGCCCAUUUGGGUGGGCAGGCAGUACCCGGGCCGACCCCCAGGAGAAAGGGCAGGGUGGGCCAGGCGGAGCGGUGGGGGUCAGCGUGCCCGCCUCGGAAAAGGAGGACUUGAGCAACAACAACAACCUCGAGGGCGAGGGCACAGGUGGGGCCAGCCUCGCGGGCACCAGCUCCUGCAGCUGCCUCGACUCGCGGCUGCACCUGGACGGCUGGGAGGUGGGUGCGGAUGACGCAGAGACGGCCGAGAUGAUCGCCCACCGGACAGGGGGCAUGAAGCUCUCAGCCACGGUCAUCUUCAACCCCAAAUCGCCCACUUCCCUGGACUCUGCGGUCGCCACCCAGGAGGCCGCCUCGGAGCCCGUGGCCGAGGGGAUGGAUGGCGGCCCCCACAAGCUUAGCACUGCGGCCACCAACUGCCUUCUGCAUUCCUGCGUGUGCUGUGGGAGCUGCGGGGACAGCAGGGAGGACGUGGUGGAGCGUCUGCGGGAGAAGUGCAGCCCGGGAGGCGUCAUUGGUGCCUCGUACGCUGCCGGCUUAGCCAAGGCCAGCGACAGGGCCCCUGAGAGACAGGAGGAGGCGCCCCCGCCCUCAGAAGACGCCUCCAACGGGCGGGAGCCCAAAGCCCCCACUUCCAACAAGUGCCUGCCUCACACGUCAGGUUCCCAGGUGGACCCAGCGAGUGGGCUGCAAGGAGAGGCUGGGGUUGCAGGUCAGCAGGAGCCGGAGGCCAGAGAGCUGCGUGCUGGGAGUCCCCCGGCUCAUGAGGCGCCUCAGCCCCUGUCUGACUCCAGGCUGAAUAAUAUUCGGUUGUCUGGAUGGACCACAUUUGGUUUUACGCCUCUGCCAACAGACACCUGAGUUGCUGCCGUCUCUUGGCCGCUACGAAUGUGGGCGUGCAAGUAUCUGUCCGAGUCCCAAAUUUCAGUUCCUUUGGGUAAGGCUCUGAUGAGGCUGGGGGUACUGAGUGGAAGCUGACAUCCUGGACAGUGAAGGUCCCUUCCUUAUUCAGCUCCCAGGGCAGAGGGCAGCAAGGCCCACACCCCCAAGCUGAAGGUAGGGGCUUCAUCUGUGGAACCUGGACCACCUGGGAGGGGAGAGUCACGGAGCAUUGUUGGGGUCCCAGCAGAGGAUCCCGUCCCAGGGGCCCAGGCCCCCUAAGCCUCCUGCCGUGCUCCCACGUUCCGGUAAAUAUUCAGCUUGUUAGCACAUCGCCAUGAGGGAGGGGGCCCCGUGCAGCUCCGGGUACGCUUCCAGCCUCCUCCCCCACUCUGCCGCAGCCCGCUGCCCUGAAUUCUCACGUGCGUCAUGCCUCUGUGCUUCUGCAGGGUUUACGUCACGAGGCUGUGUCCCUAAAUUAGAUACCAGGCAGUUGUGCGUGUUUCCCACGGUGUGUGAAGAGACUCACGCCAUGUGGGAUUCGUGCGCGUUGGCGGGGCUGUGGCUGGCCUGCCUCCGCCUCCGUGGCCUCUGCCGGUGAGUGAUUAGAUCACGGUGGGUCCUCCAUUCCAUUGCUGGCGGACUUGGGAUCCUGUCCAGCGUUUCACUGGAACCCCUCCAGCACUGCAUCUAAGACCCUGCAUGUCUGCAGACAGACGCAGAUGCGCGUUGCCAGUGUGUGCGGGUAACAGAGGCCACCGGGGUCCGGAGUGUAGACAGGCCUGGUUUUACUGAAAUGGUGCGAGCAUUUUUUCCAAAGUGGUUGCACCAGCUGACACUCCCACCAGCAAGGUGAAGGCUCCUGUUGUUCCACCCACACUCUUCUUAUUUUUGCACAAGUCGCCAAGGAUCCCCGAACAUUUGGGGCAAGGCUCGGCAUGAGACACGGCCAAAUAAAUGAGCCAAGUGGUCCAAAAGAGGCUGUGCAGGAUGCCAACAGCAACCAAAAAAAAUUAUCACGAAUAUUUCUAGGUAGAGAAAAGAUUUUGCAUCCAUGAAACGACAGUAACAGCAGUAAAUUUAAAACUUGAUAGCAGAAAUUUAAAAGUCAAGAGUAAAAUUAGAAGAACGAGUUGGGGAAAUUUCCCAGAAAAUGGGACAAAAAGGUAGGAGAUAAAUUAUUUUAAAAUGAGAGGGCCAGUGGGUGCACCCCUAGAGUUGGGCGAGGUGAACCCCCAGAGUUAGUACAGGCCCAGCUGUGAACAAUUUAUAGGGUCACCAUGGAACCCCUGAACAGCAAAUCUGGUGAAAGCCGAGGAUGCAGCUGCUGGGAAGAUGGAGACUGGAAGUGUAGGUGGGGGCGAGGGAUCCUGUAUUCGUUUCUUGAGGCUGCUGUCACCACAAACUGGCUUAAGCCCUAGAAACUGUCUCGCAGUCGGAGGCCGGAGGUGCAAACUCUGGCAGAGCCUCACUCCGUCUGCAGGCUCCAGGGCAGGCUCCUCCCGCCUCUCCCUGCUUCUGGGGGUCCAGGUGUUCCUUGGGUUGGGGCCACGUCUCCGGCCUCGGCCUCCGUGGUCACAUGGGCUCCCUGCCCUCUGUGUCUGUGUCCUCUUCUGUCUCUUAUAAGGACUCUUGUCGUUGGACUUAUGGCCCAUCCGGAUCAUUCAGGACGAUCUCUUCAUCUCCAGAUGCCUCACUUAAUUACUCCUGCCGAGACCCCUUUUCCAAAUGAGGCCACGUUCACAGGUUUCAGGGGCUAGGGUGGGGAGAGAGAUUUGUGGGGGCUGCCUGACACUCAGGCCAUUAGAAAAGGCGUGAAAGGUGAGUUGACGCUUCCAUAGGGGAAGUCGGUGGAUAUUAAGCCAGGAGGAGUGCAGCCUCUGGGUGAGUCGCCACCAGCUGUCAAUUCCAGGAGGCCCAGCAGAAAUCAAAGGCCCAGAACAGGCCUGGGACUGGCUCAGAGCCCUGUUGCACCACCUGGUGUAUGUGGUGAGCGUGUUACACUGAGGACGUUUUAGGUGAAGUUACAGGAAAGUUGUGUAUCUGGGCAACAGAUACGCGCCUGUGGGGUGGGCAUCUGCGAGGACACAGACUUCUGUCUUGACCAGUGACCUUCGGGCUCCACGGCCUGUUACCAUGCCCCACCCCACACGCCAGUAUCUCCUUCUCCAUGCAGCAGCUCCACGGCUGGGUCCUGCUCCUCAGACAAGACGGG